AUGUCUUCAGCGGAGAAAGGCUCUCCCGAAGCGCCAAGACCACAACACAUCCCCUAUUGGCGCAUCUUGACCGACCAGGGUGUUUGCACACCCGAAGUAAUCGACUAUCCUUACGCUGGCGCAGGGACCGAAGAGUCGCCCUAUGUUGUCGAGUGGAUUCCCAAUGAUCCUCGCAAUCCUAUGGAAUUUUCCUCCGGCCUAAAAUGGACUUAUACAAUCUUGGUGGCAUUUGCUACACUCGCAGUCUCACUAUCGUCCUCGGCAUAUGCUGGUGGAAUUAAUGAAGUGCUUACAGAUUUGCUUGUUGGCGAAGAAGUCGCAACUCUGGGAGUGAGCUUGUUCGUCUUGGGAUUUGCUGUCGGCCCCCUGCUCUGGGCACCCAUGAGUGAGCUUGUUGGACGUCAGAUCGUCUUUCUGAUCACCUUCUUCGCACUCUCUGCAUUUUGCGCUGGCGCAGCAGGCGCUCAGAAUGCAUAUUCUCUCAUUAUUCUCCGUUUCUUUGCUGGUUCCUUUGGUUCAUCUCCUUUCACCAACGCGGGUGGUGUUAUUGCUGAUAUCUUUCCUGCCGAGAAGCGUGGAUUGGCCACGAGUCUCUUUGCUGGAGCACCAUUCCUUGGACCUACCCUCGGACCUGUUAUUGGAGGUUUCUUGAGCGAAAAUGCCGGUUGGCGAUGGGUGCAGGGAUUCUUGGCUGUCUUCACAGGUCUGAUUUGGAUGUUGGGAAGUCUAAUCGUUCCAGAGACUUACGCCCCCGUUUUGCUCCGUAAGAGAGCGGAGAGCUUAUCUAAAUUGACUGGAAAAGUCUAUCGCAGCAGAAUGGAUAUUGAUCGCGGGAAGGUUUCUGCCCGGGAUGCAUUUGGCACUGCUCUUAAACGACCAUGGAUUCUCCUAUUCGCCGAGCCAAUUGUGUUUUUGCUCUCUCUUUACAUGGCGAUCGUGUACGGCACACUCUAUAUGCUCUUCGAUGCCUUCCCAAUUGUCUUCCAGGAGAUCAGAGGGUGGAGUGAGGGAGUUGGCAGCUUGCCCUUCCUCUCUGUGAUGAUCGGAAUGAUGAUUGCCGUUGGUCUGAACAUGUACGACAACAAACGCUACGUCCGCAUUCACAAAAAACACAACGGAUUCGCCCCCCUGAGGCACGUCUACCGCCAACCAUGCUCGGCGGUAUAG